GUUUUGACGAUGUAACUUUUCCCCUAUAUCAUGAAUACUCGCAUAUAUCAAGCUUUGUAAACGCGCAUGCACCAUAAAAAAAAUUUUGUUCGUGCAUCUGACUGUCAAUGUUAACCCUGUUCUUGGACGAAGCUCGCAUUUUUCUGCCUGGUACAAACAUCGCCUGUAAUUUUAUCAAAUCUGUUCUAUUUACCAGAAUCACGCUCAGAGAGACUUUAUGACGAUUUCAUAUCCUCAUACCAAGAUAUGCUCACACAAAAUAAAUUAUACAAGCCCUUCUCUUUGUUUCAUGGUCCGCUUCCUGACUCAGUAAGGUGACAUAUUUGACGGUUGUCUCUGAUCAUCAAGAGAACAAGCUGGCCAUCAAAAAUUGUGUAUAGCACACAGUAAUUAUAACCACCAUGCCCAUUGGUAUAAAAGCAUAAAGAUGUCCAGUCGUAAGCCAAUCAAAUCGUGGUUUUCGAAAAAGCUAUGACACAUAAGUAUCAACUGUAGAGCUAUAUGUCCUCUCGAUGUAUUCAAACAAUGGGAUGUUUAGAAAGCGUACGUGAGAUGCACAGAUAGUUUUGAUAAUCAUCAAAAAGUUUCUGCUUGUGCUGAAAACAAUGUGUGCUUUAAGGAUUCUUUUUAUGACUGUGAUGUUAUUCUGUUUUUGUGACGGGACUUAUUUCUUUAAACCUAAGAAAAUAUUUUUGCCUCCGAUUCAUCAUAUGCCUCACAUGCAUCAUCAUCCGCACCCUCAUCACCACCACCACCAUCAUCACCAUCAUCAUGGAAUGAAGGACCACGGACACAUUCACAAAUUUCACAAGACAAAGAUUCUGAGACCGAUCAUUCACCACAAAAUUCGCCCUCUUCCAAAACCAGUGAUGUACAAGACUUUUCUGAUUAGAAAAUACAGUUUGCCGCCAAAUUUUCAUGUGCACAUUCCGUUGAAUAAGAAAAUCUAUGCACACACCCAUGGACCACCUGGACCGCAUACCCAUUAUCCAGAAAAACCCAUGUUUAUGAUGCAAAAACGAAAGAUGAAGAAGCUUUAUAGACCAAAACAAGUGUUUCCUCCUCGUGGAUAUCAACAACCUCCAGCAAAGAAUAUUUUGAGACAUAGAAAUAUACGAAAAUAUCCACAAAUACCGGAUCCAUCCAUGCAAAUGCAGACAAAUAUGUUUCUACCUACAGGAAUUCUACCACCGCCAAAAUCUAGGCCCCCCAAAACCCCUGGAAUUAACAAGUAUGACCUGUGGCUUACGAAAAUUAAUGAGUGGAUGAUAAAAAAUCAGAAUACUGCUAAAGGACUCCCAGUGAAGAGAAAAAGAAAACGGAUUAUCAACAAGAUACACAUGAAUGUCCCAACUCCUGUUCAAAAAUUGAACAUUAAGAAACCCGAACCGAAAAAAAAGAACGACGGAAUCAUCGCUAACUUUGUGGUAGUCAAGCCACCGUUUAUCAGCAAGAGUGAGGAGACUGCCGUUCCAGGAAUCCCCGUAUUUGAAAAUCCCAAACCCUCUAUAAAAGACAAUAUUCUGGAUAUUCCAAAAUUAGAUAUGAAACUGCGUCCCACAGCGCCAGUGAUGGGUAUUCCUAUCAGUCUGGAUGAUAUAGGACCCCCGUUUGAUAUUAACGUUGCCAAUAACCAGAACCGGGGUGACCUUCCACCACCCAUUGAAAUUGUUGACGACCCAGGUCCUAGUAGAACCGGUGAUGGUGAUAGAAUUGGCAUUGGGAUUCCUGUAAAUUUGAGUCCGGGACCAUUUGAGUCGGAUUCCGUUACACCUCCCAACAUCAUAGUGGACAGGUUACCUACAGAACAGAACGUCAACAGUAUUGUUCCGCUUCCCGGGAAAAUCAACGAUAUGCUGACAAAUGUAGGUGACUUGUCUCACUUUCCAAAUUUAGAUUUGAGUAAUGAACCAUUAAUAAUUGAACCCUUUAUGCAAAUACCACCGCUCAGUCAGAGUCCGAUGCCGUUUGACAUACAGCCAUUCCCUUGGGAUGUAUCGCAAAUACCUUUCCCACCGGAAAUAAUUCCACGUACUUCAAAUAAGGAAAAGGAACCGUACGUUAUGAAACCAUUGGAACCGAUUGUAAAGAUGAUUGGCCGGGACAGCGUGAAACGUAAAAACGACACAGUAUUUGUUCCUAAACCAAUAUUAGACCCAGAAUAUAAUGAUACUGAGAUUGCAAAAGAAGCACCGUAUAACAUAUUUACAGAGGGCCCAGCUGAUGUAUCCACAAAUGAACAUCAAACAUCAAUGCCGCCAAUUCCACUGCAGACUAUUAAACAUGACCCCAGUGCAUCAUCAAUUUCUACAACAGCGCAACCAUCAACUAAAUACCAAACGACGUUUACUCUACCACCAUUGUCUUUAAUGGAGUUCAAACAUUCAACUUCUUCUCCGGAUGUAACAACACAGACAACAACUAUGCGAAACAAAGAAACGACACCAGCAAUUAUGACAACAACUCCAUUACCAACAAUCAUACCGGUACCAGAUCCCAGUAUCCUUGUAAAUGGAUCAACGGGAGAAGGUCAACAUAAUGUGGACAUGGUUGACCAAAUAAUAGAUAAAGAACAACAGAAUGACACAGCGUUCUUUAAAUAUCGACCGGAAGAAUCGUUCCCCUACUUAUCAUUUCAUGGUCUAAAGACAUCAACAGCAGCUUCAAAAAUCUCGGAUACUCGCAAAGAGACAACAACGGCUUGGGCGGUAACUACCGCUUCUCAGCCGACAACAAAACUAUUCAAAGAAACACCAGGUGUGCAAAUAUUUACGACAACACUUCCCGCACCUGUGACAAACGAUCAGGUAAAUGAGGAAAUAAUUUUAGAUUUUAUGACUGAUAAACAAAUUAGAUCAUCAAGAUCCGAUGUUGUGCUUGAUUAUUCAACCUCUGAUAAAGACCAAACAACAACGCCGAAAACACAAGAACGUACAUCGUUAAAGAGGAGCGACUCUACUUCCACGCAGCCGACAACUGCGGAAGCAACAACAUCGACCACUACAUUACCCACCACAACACAACUCCUGACAAUCCCAAGUUCAACCACAAAAACCACAUUAAAAAAUCAUACCACUCCGAAAUUAGAUGAUGUUAGUAUGGACUCAUCAACAACACAGUCAGUAUCGACAACAAAGUCUACCACACUUGACCAAACAACAGAACGUAUCUCAUCCACAACAAGUGACUACUAUUCAGAAACACCAACAUACGACUAUGUUACAGACCUUUAUGACUGGCCUUUCAACUGGACAGAAAAUUCAACCUUUGUAUAUUUCGAUGACGUCCUGAACAUAACACAACAAACAACAGAAAUACGUGUUGAAAAUACAACAACGCCAACAGUCAACAUGACUUCAACACCAACACCAUCAACUUCAAUAUUGGUUUCUUCCGAGUUUUCCUCAAGUCACAACCCCACCACAACUAUGAUGGAUUUUAGAGGCACAAAACAGACGACAACACUCCCGUCACCUCAGACAGCGGAUCUUGAUCAGACAACAACCAAUACCUCUACCGAACCUACAUCUACAAUUGAAAAGCACUGGCAAACAUCACUCUCGCAAACUAACACAACGACCCCGAUAGCUACUGGACGCUCAACAACAAUGUCAAACAACCAAAACAUUUCAGUCACUACAUCAACUCCGAGAUCAUCAACAACCGAAGGAACAAAGAUAUGCCAACAAAUAUACUGCCAAAUCGGUCAUGAAUGUACAGAGAAUAAUACAUGGCUUUGCCCAGAUGACGCGCCCGGGACUGACUGCCAGUGCACGCAGGGGUGCCGAGAAGGGCAAAUGUUCAUACCACUUGGAGAAUCAUUCUAUGUAGACGAGUGUGGCAGUGUCUGUUCUUGCUUUAACCUUUACGGAAAGGCUGAGUGCCAAAAGAUGCAAUGUCCAAACAGCACCGUAGCAGAUCCGGAAAAGAACCGACGAAACUAUACUGGGAUUUCCAUCGGCGGCGUGAUCUACAUUCCUGUACAACGUGUCAAAAUUCCAAAGAAAACCAAAUCGAAAAUUCCCGGUGACGAUGGCUAUACGUAUGGUAUUUCGAUUGGUGGUGUCAUCUAUAUACCGAAAAGAAACCACACGAACGCUCAACUUGAUAAAAACACCAAUUGGACGUCCGGAAUAUCGCUGGGUGGCGUCAUUUAUGUUCCUUCUCGAGAACACACAAAUGAACAAAAUGUCAAUUCUGACUAUGAGAAUGUGGUUGACGGGAAUUCUAGUUGGACAAAAGGAAUAACUAUUGGAGGUAUAAUCUAUGUACCAGUGCAUAAAAGAAAGAAAACUUUUCAAGAAAAGAAUAAAGAGUUUGAAAAGAUAUAUGACAAGACAGAAUUUGCUGAUGCGGAUGUCAUAUCUGUUGAAACGCCUUACGGUUCAACACGGGGCAUCACUAUCGGAGGUGUUAUUUACAUACCAAACAAAAAGAGAAAUGAGCCUGUCCAUUUCCUUGGUGGAAACGAAUUGCAAUCAAACAAUAAAAAUCAGACUUCGCCAAUACAAGUGGAAUACCCACUCGGAUGGACAGAUGGCAUUUCAAUCGGUGGGAUCAUUUAUGUGCCCGUCCAACAACGCCGGAAGGUCCAAAACGAACCAGUUUAUUUGAUACCCAACAUCAAAACAGAACCCGACAACAAAAAUAACAUUCCGUAUUUGACUAAAACCGCUGGGAUACAUAUUGGAGGCAUCAUCAACGUUCCCAUUGCUAAACGAUCAUCAAUUAAAUCUAUCAAAAUAAAAAAGAUGAACCCAGCUUUUGGAUAAGUUUGUUCCAAAACCUACGUAUCCCAUUCUUUUCAAUGCUACAAAAUUUCAUCACGAUGAGGCACACAGUCCCAUUUGCAUGUUAUUUAUUUAUUUGUGAUAUUGCUUUAUCAUUUUCAUUUUGUCAUG